AACCACCUUCACUGCAUCAAAAAAAACUCUCACAAAUGUCUCCCCUCGCGUUACCUGCUACUUCCAUGCAAGUACUAGAUCCCCUCCCAUCUUCCAACAUCUUCCUCCCACUUUUACCCCUAAUCAAGAUCCAUAUUUACACCACCAUCUCAAGAAAACCCAGAAGAAGAGCCCGCUCUCUCCUCCUGUAUGCAGCCAGAAAAGAUAUCUGGACAAGAAACACAACGACAGUACCUUACCGUAGAAAACAAAGACAAGAACCGGUUUAUUUAGACCACAGUGUGGAUAUGACCGAGCUAUUACUCUCAAUUAGCCAAACCCAAAACGAGCUACAACUAUACUCUUUAUUAUCGCCUUAUAAAGACAGGCAACUCUCAAUUCGAUUCAUGGUUUCAGUUAUCUCUCGCGAAUCUGACUGGCAAAGAUCCCUUGCCCUUCUUGAUUGGAUUAAUGAUAUCGCACGGUAUUCCCCAUCUGUGUUUGCAUACAAUGUUGUUCUGCGUAAUGUUUUAAGGGCUAAGCAAUGGGACCAUGCCCAUGGCCUGUUUGACGAAAUGCGUAACCGAGCUCUUGCACCGGAUAGAUAUACGUAUUCCACUUUGAUAACCCAUUUUGGGAAAGCGGGCAUGUUUGAUGCUUCCCUAUUUUGGCUUCAACAAAUGGAACAAGACCGUGUUUCGGGUGAUCUUGUUUUGUAUAGUAAUUUGAUUGAGCUUUCAAGGAAGUUGUGUGAUUAUUCUAAGGCUAUUUCGAUAUUUAUGAGGCUGAAAAGGAGUGGGAUUAUGCCGGAUUUAGUUGCAUAUAAUUCGAUGAUUAAUGUAUUCGGAAAAGCUAAGUUGUUUAGAGAGGCAAAGUUGUUGAUGAAGGAGAUGAGGGAAGUGGGGGUUAUGCCUGAUACAGUUAGUUAUUCGACGCUGUUGAGUGUUUAUGUUGAGAAUGAGAAGUUUGUUGAGGCCUUGUCUGUUUUUGCAGAGAUGAAUGAGGCCAAGUGCCCGCUUGAUCUCACGACGUGUAAUGUCAUGAUUGAUGUUUAUGGGCAGCUUGAUAUGGCUAAGGAAGCGGAUAGGUUGUUUUGGAGCAUGAGGAAGAUGGGAAUUGAACCAAAUGUUGUUAGUUAUAAUACCCUCUUGAGAGUUUAUGGAGAGACCGAGCUUUUUGGUGAAGCUAUUCAUUUAUUUAGGUUGAUGCAGAAGAAGGAUAUUGAGCAGAAUGUUGUCACUUAUAAUACUAUGAUUAAGGUUUAUGGGAAAUCACUUGAGCAUGAAAAGGCCACAAAUCUUAUGCAGGAAAUGCAGAAUAGAGGAAUUGAACCAAAUGCCAUUACAUACUCAACAAUCAUUUCUAUUUGGGGUAAGGCAGGGAAAUUGGAUAGGGCAGCAAUGUUGUUUCAAAAGCUGAGAAGUUCAGGGGUUGAGAUCGAUCAAGUCCUUUAUCAGACAAUGAUUGUGGCUUAUGAACGUUCAGGUUUGGUUGCUCAUGCUAAGCGACUGCUUCACGAGCUCAAACACCCAGACAGUAUCCCUAGGGAAACUGCUAUUAAAAUUCUUGCCAGAGCUGGUAGAAUAGAAGAGGCCACAUGGGUUUUUCGUCAGGCUUUUGAUGCUGGGGAGGUGAAGGAUAUAUCUGUGUUUGGAUGCAUGGUCGAUCUUUUUUCAAGGAACAGAAAACCUGCAAAUGUGAUUGAGGUGUUUGAAAAGAUGAGGGGAGCUGGAUACUUUCCUGAUUCUAAUGUGAUUGCUCUUGUUCUGAAUGCUUACGGGAAGUUGCAUGAAUUUGAGAAGGCGGAUGCUUUAUAUAAAGAAAUGCAGGAAGAAGAAUGUGUUUUUCCAGAUGAAGUUCAUUUCCAGAUGCUGAGUUUAUACGGUGCAAGAAAAGACUUUAUGAUGAUUGAGGCCUUGUUCGAGAGGCUGGAUUCUGAUCCUAACAUUAACAAGAAAGAGUUGCAUCUUGUUGUUGCCAGCAUUUAUGAAAGAAAAAAUAGAUUAAAUGAUGCAUCACGGAUCAUGAACAGGAUGAGUAAAGGAGGCGUUUUGAGAUCACCAGCAUAGAAGUAGGAACAUGCCCUUGGCCUUGUAGAUCUACGAUUUUGCCUUUUGCUGUGCUGAUUAUUUUGUAAAUAUUUUAUCUGGGCCUCUUGCUUUCCUACCUUCUCAUAUGUCAAGAUGGUAAUGGUGCAUAAACUUGGCGUUUUCCCUGAUGAUACAUUUACACUUUCGAUA